AUGGAGGGAACCUACUCUGCUGAUCCCGAGUGGGCAUCUGUCACUCCAAUCGAGCUGGAUGAUGGCUCGGACUCGGGCGUCAUGCCGCUGGCAACCAUCGCCUAUCCCCUCGAGUACCUUGAGGCGACCUCGUAUCUUCGUGCCGUGAUGGCCGCGAACGAGAUGUCUGAACGAGCGUUGAAGUUGACUGAAGAUGUUAUCUCAAUGAACCCAGCGCAUUACACCGUAUGGAUCUACCGUGCAAAGAUUCUAUUCGCAUUGGAGAAGGAUCUCAAUGAAGAAUUGGAGUGGCUGAACAACGUCUCAUUGAAAUACCUCAAAAACUAUCAAAUCUGGCACCAUCGCCAAGUUCUGCUCUCAUCAAAAUCUCACUUCCCAACCUUCCCACCCAAAGAAGCAGAUUUCUUAAUGGAGAUGUUCGCCCAAGACUCCAAGAACUACCACGUAUGGACCUACCGCCACUGGCUCGUCCGCCACUUCCAACUCUGGGACCAACCGCGCGAGCUCGAGGACGUAGAAUUCCUCCUGAAAGCCGACGUGCGUAACAACUCUGCCUGGAACCACCGGUACAUGCUACGCUUCGGCCCGCGUGACACCUCCCUCCCAGACGCGGGGAUGGUAAACGCCGGCAACCCUUCUACGGCGCCGACGGAGAAGGGCAAAUUGCCUAUUGUGGAUGAGGACAUGGUUGACGGUGAGCUGAAAUUCGCGCAGGAGGCUAUCUUGCGUGCGCCGGAGAACCGGAGUCCGUGGUGGUAUGCGCGCGGUGUGCUGCGGGCUGCGGGGCGUGGGUUGGGUGAGUGGGAAGGGUUUGUUGGUGGAUUUGUUGCGGAAGGUGCUGUUAAGAGUUCGCAUGCUGUUGAGUGGUUGGCGGAUGUUUUUGCGGAAGGUGGGAAGGAAGGGGAGGCUGUGAGGAUGUUGACUAUGCUUAAGGAGGAGUUUGAUCCUAUUCGAAAGAAUUAUUGGGAUUAUCGAAUUCGGAAGCUGGAUCAGGUUGUGGCUUGA